UUCUCGAUCAACUCAAACAAUUCACUACCAUUGUCGCCGACACUGGUGAUUUUGACUCAAUCGCCGAAUACAAACCACAAGAUGCUACCACAAACCCGUCUUUGAUCUUGGCCGCUACCCAAAAACCCCAAUAUUCCAGGUUGAUAGACGAUGCUGUCGAGUAUGCAAAGGGCAAAGAAGGAUCUGUCGAAGAAAAGGUCGAAUGGGCUACCGAUAAAUUGUUGAUCAACUUUGGUGCAGAAAUUCUAAAAAUUAUUCCCGGACGUGUUUCCACCGAAGUUGACGCCCUACUUUCCUUCGACACCGAAGGUACUAUCGCCAAGGCGAAAAGAUUGAUCGGUCUGUACAAAGAGAUCGGAAUCAACUCUGAACGUGUGUUGAUAAAGAUCGCAUCAACAUGGGAGGGAAUCCGUGCGGCCGAAAGACUUGAGAAAGAAGGCAUUCAUUGCAAUUUGACACUGCUUUUCUCAUUUCCUCAGGCCGUAGCAUGUGCCGAAGCGGGUGUAACACUAAUCUCACCGUUUGUCGGUCGCAUCCUUGAUUGGUACAAGAAGAGUACUGGAAAGACUUAUACCGCAACCGAAGAUCCUGGCGUUCAAUCUGUAACCAGAAUCUACAAUUACUACAGAAAAUAUGAUUAUCACACCAUCGUGAUGGGUGCCUCAUUUCGUAACACCGGUGAGAUCGAGGAAUUGACCGGCUGCGAUUUCCUCACCAUCAGUCCGUCUUUGCUACGCGAAUUGGCAAACGACAAAAAACAGAUCACGAGAAAGUUGAGCCCUGAGAUCGCGUGCGCCAGCACAGAGCCAAAGGUCUCGUACGAUGAGAAAACCUUCCGAUGGGAACUUAACGAGGAUCAAAUGGCAACCGAGAAACUUUCGGAAGGCAUUCGAAAAUUUGCCGAGGACGGUGGGAAAUUGAAGA